AUGCCGCUUCACGCACGCGCCGUUUCCGUGUCCGCCGUAGGCGCGGGACCGCUCUGCCGGCGACCCCUGCGACAGUCGGGACUCGUCAGGCCCGCCCGGACACCCGCUGCACGCCGCACAGACCGCGUUCGCGUGUACGCUGAGGGCAGCAAACAGGUCGUCAAGAAGGUCAACGCUGCGGAGCUCGAGGUGGAGAUUGCGAACCGCUCCAAGCCCCUGAUCGUCGACUUCUACGCGUCGUGGUGCGGGCCGUGCGUGAUGCUCGCGAAGGAGCUGGACAAGGUGGCGGACGAGCUGGGCGACGCGGUGACGAUCGUCAAGGUGGACUGCGACGAGGAGGAGGAGCUGGCAGGGCAGCUGCAGAUCCGCGGGCUGCCGACGCUCGUGUUCAUCAGCCCCGACGGCGAGAAGCCCGCGCUGCGGACCGAGGGGCUGCUCCCGAGCGACACGAUCAAGGAGAUCAUCGCCAACGAGCUGUGA